AUGGGUCAGACUUUGUCUGAACCAGUGACCACCAAGUUCUCCUCCAAACAUGAAAAUUCCUUUGUCAAGGUGGGAUCAUCCUGUAUGCAGGGAUGGAGAAUCAGUAUCCUUAUCUUAAUUACUGACUAACAGAUCGAAUCUACAAAACACUAUGAAAUAAUAGUUAUUAACUCACACUCUUAGCUCUGUCAAUUAGAAGAUUGUAUUUUUUUUUUAAUUCAAGCAUAAAUUUAUUUAAAAUUAAACUGACUUGUUAUUUUUGUUUUAUUCCAAAAUUUAUUCAUAGAUUGUAACAUAAUACUUUAUUAAAAGUGUGCAUAUAAUAUCAUAGCAAAUGAGCGAAAAAAGUAUGGGAAAACCUGAAAAAGGAUGAAAAAAAACAACAAAGAACUUGUCUGCAAGAAGCCUUCUUCGGUGAACAAACAACAGAAAAAACGAUAUUAAAUAAAAAUAAGCGCUUCGCUGCAAUGAAGUAUCAGAGAGGACAGCUAGAGGAGAGUGACAGAAGAUAAGUAGGAGAGAGUGUCAAUGCAGGUCAGAUAGGACGGAAAAAUGGAAAAGUCAGUCCACUGUGAUUGGUCGUAACAAAGAGUGGUCGGAGAAAAUGUUCAACGAGUUAAUGAGAACAUGACAUUCAUGCCAUGUGGUGUCAAGGUUCCAUUAGACUGAAUCACUUUGUUUUCCCAAUUUACCUGAAUGACAUAAGGGUUUGUUUUGCAACGGCUGUGUCCAAAUAGAUUGGUCCCAAAGUGUAAGGGGGGGGGGGCAGCGCGGAUGCGACUAUGCAGGAGAUCUGGCAGAUUUUUCUCUCUUCUGAAAAAAAAAUGAGAGGAGGGGCGGAGAAAAUAUUGCUGAUGGCAGGGUUAGCAAGGAGAAUGGCAGGGGUUUUUUUUAGACUGAAUCACUUUGUUUUCCCAAUUUACCGGAAUGACAUAAGGGUUUGUGUUGGAACGGGUGUGGCCAAAUAGAUUGGUCCCAAAGUGUAAGGGGGGGGGGGCAGCGCGGAUGCGACUAUGCAGGAGAUCUGGCAGAUUUUUCUCUCUUCUGAAAAAAAAAUGAGAGGAGGGGUGGAGAAAAUAUUGCUGAUGGCAGUGUUAGCAAGGAGAAUGGCAGGGUUUUUUCAGGAAAAUAUUUUUGGCGAUGAGGAUGAUGUGUUCGAAUAUUUUUGGUCCUGUAGCAGAGGUCACGCUGACAAUAUAAUAGACAAGGAUUUGACUAAAUGUAAAAUAAAAGUGAAAUAUUUUCCUGAACCUGGCCCAGAUAUGGAAGAUGCCCACAGCCAUCUUCUGAGUUUACCAGGCGACAAGGAUGCCUGUUUCUUUGGUGUCUUUGAUGGGCAUGGAGGCAAGUUGGUUGUGUGACGUCACUCGUAUUGUUCUCAAAAUACCUCAUUAAUAUAUUUAUGGUGUUUGUCUCGAACAAUCUUGGUGUUUAGUUUGGAACGGAGGAAAGGAUAUUGUUAAAAAAAAAUGUCUAAGUCAAAAAACUGAAGUUGCCAUAGUUCUACUCUUUGUGUUUUACCAGACCUUUCAUUGUACUGAUCAUGGGUUUGUUUUGUAUAGCUUUGUGUCAGAACACCAAACCCACAUUUUCAAGGCUGUACACUUGAUAUUUUUUGUCCAUAGAUUUAAUUUUCAUGUGUCUUAAGCUUUUUACAAAAUUAGACCCAAACGUUUUUGAAUUUUAUUGACAUUUAUACACACACAGUAAUCUUUGAAUACAUCUAUGUUAUGAAGGGCACAAACCUGGUUGCUUCACAAUGUGACGGACAGAAUGGUAGUUAGACUUGCUCUUAGGGGUUUGAAGAGUUGAAUAAAGGUGGCCGUGAACAAGGUUUUUGCCAAGACACAUCUCAGCCAUCUUAUUUAUUCUUGUUGGUACAUUUGAAGGUGAUGUUGCCUUUUUUGUUUGACAGGAGUCAAGGUGGCACAAUACGCUGGCAACAAUCUCCACAAGAAAAUAGUGUCCCAGACGUCCUAUUGUGAGUUUCUUCUUUGAAAUAUGAUAUUCUUAAACUUUUUGUCAAUGAUGAAAUGAAAGCAACAUAAUUUUAUUUCAUAAUAAGUAAGUGUAUUUGAAGGGCUCUGAUACAUGGCAUUGCCCAUAUUUUGUUUCCUAAAUUCUUGUGUUGCUACUUUUUUAAAAUACACUUUUCCAAUUUAAAAAAAUUUAUUAAGCAAAGAUCAGCCAGUGGGCAUCAUUUCCUCACACUGUGUAAAGAAUCUUGUGACUGUUCAGCCAGUUGUUAGUGAUACAGGUGGGAUCGUUAGCUAAGUCUAGAGCUGUCACUGCCACAUCAAGACAUCGUCAACGUGAUUAAAAUAAAUUAUAGAGCCAAUGUAAUGAGUCAUGGGCCCUUCAUUUCAAUAAGACUGUAUACACAUGAUAAAUGAACAACUUCACCUAUAUUACUGGAUACCUAUAUAUGUUGACCUCUGUGUUGAUUAAUUAUAUUAACUAUCGUCUUUACAUUAUUACACAAUUUUACUAUAGCACAGAAUCACAACUUUUCCAUCAUGGCUGGCUGAACACUCGCCCAUUGUAUUUAUAUAAUAUUGUGUCACGGUUGACUCCAUCCAACAUCAAACUAGCACACACAAACUUAAACUGUUUCAAAUCUCAGAUCAUGUUUUUUUGGGACAUACAAUUCACUUUUCAUCUGUUUCCAGUAUUAAUGUUUAAUAUCACCAUAAGUGAAUAGGGUUUUACAGUGAAUAGUUUUACUUGCAAGUAUACAAAACUGCAAAAUAUUUUAACAUUCUUUGGCCUCAUAUCACAAAUCAGUUAUACGUUUCUCUUUCAACAUUAUUUACUCUUUACUGUUGACUUUUGAUGUAUAUUUUACAUUUAUAUUUAUUGUUUAACCACAUCCACGUGUACAGCUAAAGGGAAUAUAUCAGACGCUAUAAGGAGUGGCUUCCUUUCACUAGAUGAGGAGAUGCUAAAAGGUAAUUGUUGAUUUUUUGCCUCUUGGCUUCUGCUAAAUACCACAGUGCAGUGUUGUGCUGUCAAGUAAUUUAUACUUUUUGUGUUAAUCCGUGGUAGUGAGGGGUAGAAUUUGAAUUUAAAGGAAUAACAUCGCCCUCCUGAUAUCUCUAAACAGGUUUGACCUAAUUCUUGUUUUGAGCCUGUGAAGUUGUUUAGAUUUAAGUGGAUGCUAAUUUGGUUUUUGUUGACCUUAAUCUCGUAUUGGUCACACCAGAGUGACACAUUUUAACCUGGGCUUGUUGUCGGGCGUAACUCGUAUUUUCUUCACCUUUACACGUCCUUCAUUUUUGCAAUGACUCCAUGGCCAGUCUCUGUCAGUGUAUGCCAUCUCAUGAUGUAUUCAGUGAGAUUAUUUGAAAACCACAUCCUACCCCCAACUUGGGAUGUGUCGUUGUUAAUCAUGUACCAACAGUAAAUAUCUCUGUCCAUCCCACUAGUCAUAUCUAUGUAGGUUCUGUAUACCACAGUGAAUGCCAUAAUGAAGCUUUUUCACGGCACUAUCAAUCCCAUUAGCCGUAAAGUGAAGUUAUACAUUCCACUGUGAAUAUCAUUAGCCAUACAACUCCACUGGCUUCCAAUAUCCUCUCACAUCAAGUAUAAGUCUACCAAUCUAUGCUUCAACUCUUUCACUGACCCUCACUUUCCUGUCUAUCUCUCAUAACUGUUGCUUCCUUACAUCCCACAAGACAACUACGCUCUUCAACUGACAAUAGAACCCUCUCAAUCCCAAAAACCAAAACUAAGACCAUCGGUGAAUGCUCCUUCUACUUUCAUGCGCCCAUGUUCUGGAACCAGCUCCCCUUCCACAUCCGUCAUUGUGAAACCUCGUCCACUUUCAAAAAGUCCCUUAAAACCCAUCUGUUUCGGUCUGCCUAUGACCUGUGAUGCACCCUCCUUGCACUGCCUCAUUUUCUGUCUGGGGUUGAUCCUGUAUUUAAGUAUAGGCCAAAACAUGCUAAGUGUACUUGUUUUUAUAGCCAUUUUAAUGUUUUAGCUACUGUUUUUAUAAUCAUUUUUCACAUUGUAGUUACUAUUCUAGUGUCUCUGGUUUUUCAUUUUUAUUUUGCUUUAGCAGUUUAAAUAGUUAACAUAUUUUUAAUAAUUGAAAAGUGCUUAGAGCUGUAAGGUAAGCGCUAUACAAAAAUGCCUAAAUAAUAAUAAUAAUAAUUAAAGCUAUUCAUGACACUGUCAAUUCCAUUACCCGUCAGGUGAAGUGAUCCAAUCCACUGUGAAUAUCAUUAGCCAUACAACGUUAAAGCUAUUCAUGACACUGUCAAUUCCAUUAACCGUAAGGUGAAGUGAUCCAUUCCACUGUGAAUAUCAUUAGCCAUACAACGUUAAAGCUAUUCAUGACACUGUCAAUUCCAUUACCCGUAAGGUGAAGUGAUCCAUUCCACUGUGAAUAUCAUUAGCCAUACAACGUUAAAGCUAUUCAUGACACUGUCAAUUCCAUUACCCGUAAGGUGAAGUGAUCCAUUCCACUGUGAAUAUCAUUAGCCAUACAAUGUUAAAGCUAUUCAUGACACUGUCAAUUCCAUUACCCGUAAGGUGAAGUGAUCCAUUCCACUGUGAAAAUCAUUAGCCAUACAACGUUAAAGCUAUUCAUGACACUGUCAAUUCCAUUACCCGUAAGGUGAAGUGAUCCAUUCAACUGUGAAUAUCAUUAGCCAUACAACGUUAAAGCUAUUCAUGACACUGUCAAUUCCAUUACCCGUAAGGUGAAGUGAUCCAUUCCACUGUGAAUAUCAUUAGCCAUACAACGUUAAAGCUAUUUGUGACACUGUCAAUCCCAUUAGCCAUUUUGAAACUAUUUAUUGCACUGCCAGUGCCAUAAGCCUUAUGGUGAAGUUCUCUAUUUCAAUGUGAAUUCCAUUAGCCAUAUUUGUUGAAGCUAUUGAUUGCACUAUCAAUCCCAUUAUAAAAUUACCCACACAUAUUGCACUUUAACAUUUUAAUUGAGAAAGUUAUUUUUGUCUUUUAAGUUGUAGCUGUAAACCUUUAUUUAAUUGACUGUGAAAUCUGUUCAUUUCAAUGAGUGUUGGACUUUAGGAAAUACAGGAAGUGUUUUAUAAGCAAGAAGGUACUUUGUGCCUGGAGGACAAGAAGUCUUGCAAAUUUCGAACUCUUCCAUUAUGAAUUACUUGUUAUUUUUUGUACCAAACACUGUAUGUCCUGGAGAGAGAAAACUUGAUAUACAUCUUAGUCCCGCCACUGGACAUUUUAAUUUUUCUAUUUAUUAAUAUGGUUAGAUUACUAAAUCUAGCUUAAAUAAAAAUGCCGCCCUCUCUCUUCCACCCCCCCCCCCCGACCAAGGUUUGUUCAUUCUACGUGAGAAGUCUUGUGCAAAAUUUUAAAUGUAUAAAAAAAAUAUUUUUUUAUCCACUGGACAUUUUAAUUUUUCUAUUUAUUAAUAUGGUUAGAUUACUAAAUCUAGCUUAAAUAAAAAUGCCGCCCUCUCUCUUCCACCCCCCCCCCCGACCAAGGUUUGUUCAUUCUACGUGAGAAGUCUUGUGCAAAAUUUUAAAUGUAUAAAAAAAAUAUUUUUUUAAAAAUUUGAGCUCAAAAGUAUCAUCCUCAGCAGCAUAGACUUUGGGUAUCAGAACUGUUUGAAUGUCAUUACAGAUAUUCAGUUUCCAAUACUUAAAUUUUUUUUUUUUAAAUUAGGUUUUUUAGCCAGAAACUCUGGGCUUUUUUUAAAAAGAAAUUGUUCAAGUCAAUGCUUUGAUUAAUAAUUAAAACAACAGCUGCAUUCUCAGCCCAGGCAAACACGAAGUUGCCAUUAAUAGUUGCUUCAUGACUUUAAAGAAAAGUUAUAAUGACGACGAUUCCUUUAUUACAGCCUGUGCUGAAUUGCCAUUUAUCAAUAUUCAUGGGUACAUCAUGCAUUGUCUUGCGACACAUGACUGAAUGGUCAGUUCGUCCAUUAUUUUGGUCUAAAAACACAGACAAUCCCACCUCUAGAUCUAAAAUAAAGGGACUUCCUUGGAUAAUGUUACAUAAAAUCAAUGAAUGGACCAAUGAAUUGUGUAAUAUCCCGGGGAGACACAGUUGAAUGAAAACAACAAUGACCGGGCCGGUGCAUUGUCUUGAGUUACUGGGAGUCUUGUUGUUUGGGUCUACUGUUCUGUCUGAUCUAUAGGAAAUGUGAGACCAAUUGUUUUCUUCUCAGAUGAUGCAAUGAAGGAUGAACUGGCCGGAACAACAGCAGUGGUGGUGCUGAUUAAAAAUGGCAAAAUGUUUUGUGUAAGUCUAGGCCACUAAAUAAGCAAUCAUUUUAAAUAUGAAUUGUAUCUAAAUAUUUUUUUUGUAUGACUAGGGUGAGUUAAAGAGGUGAAAGGGAGGGGCAAAGGGGGGGGGGGGUGUGAUGGAUAUACCCACCCCUUUAAAAAAAAUUAUGGAAGGGGGAAAUAAUUUGAAUAAAUGGCAAAAUUAAUGUUAAGGGAAUUAUCAGCUCCCCUGCUCCCCUGUGUAGGUUAAAUAGUUCAAAAUACCAAAAAAAGGUAACAUUUAUUUAUUUUUUUUAAGAUACUCAUUUUUUUUUUUUUACAUUUAUAUUUUGAAUAUUAAAGACAAUAUCAUCUUUAUAUGCUAUGGUUUAGUACUGUGAUAAAUAGACUCUUAUACUAAAUUAAAAGUAAAUUACAACAGGAAUUUUGUUUAAAAAAUUGUCUCCAAUCCAACAGAAAAAGUGUGAUAAAUAAUUUCUAUUCCAAAGUGGUAAGUGCUGUACAGAAAUAGCGGGAUGGAUAAAUAGCCUCUAAUACAACAUGGUUAGUAGAGUACACGACAUUUGAGUUAUUGUAUUAUACUUGUUUAGGGCAAUGUUGGAGACUCCAGGGCUGUUGCCAGUGUCCAUGGAGAAGUGGAGCAACUGUCAUUUGACCACAAGCCCAGCAACGAGAGUGAAACACGGCGGAUCAUUUCAGCUGGUGGAUGGGUGGAGUUUAACAGAGUCAAUGGUAGGGUGGAGUUUGACAGUCAGUUGCUAGUGGUUGAGUUGAAUGUAACCAGGUCACUUGUAAAAAAAAAAGGGGGGGGGGGUAAACAAGAUCAACAAGCAAGGUGUGGGGUGGAGUUUAAAUAAGUACUUGUAAGGGGCAGGGGGAGAUUUUAAAUAAAUUAGUUAUUGAUUAUGUCAGUUGUAAGCCAUAUAUACAUCAGGUGUAAAUGGGUGGGUGGACUUAAUAUACAUCUGUAGGUGGGUAAGUGGAAUUUAUAUACAUCAGUUGUCGGUGGUUGGGUGGACUUUAUAUACAUCUGUUGUAAGUGGGUAGUAGGGUGUUACUGAAUGUGUAAAAGUUUUCUUAUUUAGAGUAAAUGUAAAUAAACAAAAGAAUGUAUAACACCCCUCCACCCCCAAAUUGAACAAUGUUAAAUUAUAAAUUAGAACAAACUGUUCAUUGUCUUCAACUUCUUUAUUCAUUACAACCUAAGCAACAAACUGAUUCAUUUCUUCUGUAUGAGUUUCCAUGUUUACCAUUCUAAUACCACAGGUAAUCUUGCCUUAUCGAGAGCCUUAGGGGACUUUGUAUUUAAAAAGAAUGACAAAAAAAGACCGGAGGAACAAAUAGUAACAGGUGAGUUGUUUGGGUUAUGUCAGAGGAAAAAAAGUAACAGGUGAGUUGUUUGGGUUAUGUCAGAGGCCAAAUAGUAACAGGUGAGUUGUUUGGGUUAUGUCAGAGGCCAAAUAGUAACAGGUGAGUUGUUUGGGUUAUGUCAGAGGCCAAAUAGUAACAGGUGAGUUGUUUGGGUUAUGUCAGAGGCCAAAUAGUAACAGGUGAGUUGUUUGGGUUAUGUCAGAGGCCAAAUAGUAACAGGUGAGUUGUUUGGGUUAUGUCAGAGGCCAAUAGUAACAGGUGAGUUGUUUGGGUUAUGUCAGAGGCACAAAUAGUAACAGGUGAGUUGUUUGGGUUAUGUCAGAGGCACAAAUAGUAACAGGUGAGUUGUUUGGGUUAUGUCAGAGGAAUAAAUAGUAACAGGUGAGUUGUUUGGGCUAUGCAAAUCUAAUGCAAUCAAAUAGUAACAGGUAAGUUUUUUGGGCUAUGUAAAUCUAUUGAAGUCAAAUAGUAACAGGUGAGUUGUUUGGGCUAUGUAAAUCUAAUGAAUUCAAAUAGAUGGAGGGUCAUGUCUUUUUUUUUGAGCAGUUGAUCAGUUUAUCUAUGAACUGCACUGCACAUAAAAAAACAACAACAUUUCAAUACUAGGUAAGUAAAUAAGAGCUGUUUGAAAAAAAAAAAAAAACUCCACAAAUGCUACAAUAUUUAAAUCAUAUGAGCAGAUUAAAUUAAAUGUCAUAUAAUAGGACUUAACAUAAAAAAACAACAACAUUUCAAUACUAGGUAAGUAAAUAAGAGCUGUUUGAAAAAAAAAAAAAAAAACUCCACAAAUGCUACAAUAUUUAAAUCAUAUGAGCAGAUUAAAUUAAAUGUCAUAUAAUAGGACUUUUCUUUUGACCUGAUCCUCACUAUUACCGAUUGUCUAACCUUAACCUCUAUUGCCAGCCAAUCCUGAUGUGAUUGAGAAACCCAUCACCCCUGACCAUGAAUUUGUUCUACUGGCCUGUGAUGGCAUCUGGGAUGUCCUCACCAAUCAGGAGGUUGUGGAGUUUGUCAGGAACAGAAUAGCCCAACGCAUGGAACCGGAUACGGUAUGUCUUCUUUUACCUGGCCGUUCAAAACUGAAUGGGAUACAGUAUGUCUUGUUUUACUUGGCCAUUUAAAGCUGAACUGGACACAGAAUGUCUUGUUUUACCCGGCCAUUCAAAGCUGAACCGGAUACAAUAUGUCUUGUUUUACCCGGCCAUUCAAAGCUGAACCAGAUACAAUAUGUCUUGUUUUACCCGGCCAUUCAAAACUGAACCAGAUACAAUAUGUCUUGUUUUACCCGGCCAUUCAAAAUUGAACCAGAUACAGUAUGUCUUGUUUUACCUGGCCAUUCAAAGCUGAACUGGAUCCAGAAUGUCUUGUUUUCUUCUUCUUUUCUUCUUCUAUAUAUUAAGGGCCCACGAAUCAUUUUGGCUCCUAGGCAUGUAGAGGGGAUUUACAAUGUUCCUAUGCCUCGUGUUGAUGAGGGUAUUUCACUGAUUGCAUGUGCUACUUUGUGAGGGACUCAUGCACUGGGGGGUUGAAAGGCUUGAGGCAAUAGACGCAAAUGUGUCUAGUGUUGUCGCCUCAACUGUUGCUUUUACCUGGCCAUUCAAAACUGAACCGGAUCCAGAAUGUCGUGUUUUACUUGGCUAUUCAAAAAAGAAUGGGCUACAGUAUUUUUAGAACUGAUUGGAGUUUUUAAAAAUAAAUGGCUUAAAUUAAAGCUUGGAAUAUUUUCUUAAGGUUAUGUCAAACUGUUUCAAAAAUUGUUUAAUCUAGAGCAGGGGUCUCCAAACUACAGCCCGCGGGGCCGCAUAGCAGAGACCUUUUUGUUUAUGGAAAAAAAAUACGGAAAUGUAUGUGUAUCCUUCCAAGCUCAGACGUCACUUACCUGGACGUUAUGGUUUUACCAAAUUAAAAUAGAGGUGCGCAGUAGAGCGUUAUGUUUUCUAACCGAUCAUUACUUGGCAAAACCUUAUUCGCUGCUUCGUUUUUCUACUUCCGUUUACAGUCAAUGAGAUGAGAAUAUAUAACGCCAUCCAGUGGCAGAGCUUUGCCCACGUGUUGCAGACAUGGGUGAAAAGAUUGUGACUCAAAUAGUGAAAAAUGCAAGCAAGUUUCACCAAUUUUUAAUUGCAAUGGAUGAAUCGCUAGACAUCUGUUCCACCUCUCAACUGCUUGUGUUCGUUAGGGGGGUGUGGAUGAAGACAUGAACAUAACACAAGAGCUGGCUUCCCAAAUAGCAUGUACGGAACUGUUACCGAUGAGUUGAACAAAACAUUUGCUGAUUAUAACUUGGACUGGACUAAUCUCAGUUGCCUGACUAUUGAUGGAGGAAAGAACAUGAGUGGCAUAAAGAAAGGCUUGGUUGGACAAGUGAAGCAGAUGUGUAAUGAAAUAAAAUUUUGCGACCAAUGUUCCUUCACUGUAUUAUUCACCAGAAAGCUUUGUGUGAUAAAUAUGUGGACAUUAGCAGCAUACUGAAUCCUUUGGUGAGGAGGGUUAAUUUAAUAAGGUCACAUGGGCUCAACCAUAGACUGUUCAGAGACCUUUUGAAAAAUACAGACACACAAUCGCAAAAUUUACCAUAUUACACAACAAUAAUUUAAUAUGGCUAAGUUGUGAGGUGACUACCUGGAAAGUAAAGGCAAGCCACAGGCAUUACUGUCUGAUGAAGAGUGGGUAUGGAAAAUGGCCUUUGCUGCAGUAAUUUAAAUUUUCUGAACCUAAAACUAAAAGGAGAGGAAAAUCUAGUUUCUGAUCUAGACACCCACCUAAAGGCCUUCAGAUCCGAAUUCGUCUUGUUUUUUGGAACAACAACUUGACGCACGUUCAGCCGUGGAUGGUCUUCAUGGCUGACGCAACAGUGGAGUUCCCCACGUCAUUUGCCUGCGAGACCAUGAAAAGACGCCUAUCUGCAGUGUCAGCCGUGGUUUUCUGGCUUGGAUUUAAAGGCAGAAGAAGUGAGACUUUUUCAAAACCCAUUUGAAACAGAUGUGGCCAGUCGCCCAGAUGAACUGCACCUGGAUGUCAUUGAGUUACAAGCAAAUGACCUCCUUAGGGACAAGUUCAUAGAAGAACUGGUGGGUUUUUUACCAGUUUUGCCCACGGAAGACUUUCCUAAUUUCAAGAUUUUUGCAUUAAGGUAUCUUUCAAUCUUCGGAAUAACAUACCUGUGUGAACAAACAUUUUCUAGAACGAAAUACGUGGAGAACAAUUUGAGAGCAAAUUUGUCCGAUCAUAAUCUCAGUUCACUGUUGAUGUUAGGGACAUCAAAUCUAAAACCAGAAAUGUCUGCUGAGCACUGCUAUUUUGGCAUCCAGGAAACAAUUUCACCAUUCCCACUAAUACAGGUGUUCAUGUGUCGUGUAUCAAUAUGUAAUUAAAUAAUAACUGAAUGAAAUAAUAUUACAUAAAUAAUUAAAAACAACGUCCAUGUUUUGAUAUUUUUUUUUAUUCGGACCUCAAGUAUGUUGUCGGCCCCCGAACUGCUGUUUGAUAGUUAAUGCGGCCCUCGGGCUGAAAAGUUUGGAGACCCCUGAUCUAGAGUAUAUUUAACUUAAUUUGCUAAUUAUCUUAUGUUAUAUUUGUACUUCCAGCUGUAAACUAUCUCUUGAUUUGAAAAUUGUUCAUAGAGGAAAGCAUAUAAAAAAAAUCAUAUCAAAACACACAUUUGUAAUUUUCUGUGGACCAGCUGUUUAAAAAGCAUACAUUUAUACCUAAUUUAUCAUUGUUGUCCACAUCUUGUUUCAGAUUUGUGAAGAAUUGAUGACCCGCUGUCUUGCACCCGACUGCCAGGCAGGGGGCCUCGGCUGUGAUAACAUGACUGUGGUCCUGGUUUGUUUCCUUCAUGGGGGCACCUAUGAUGACCUGGUCAGGAAGUGUGCACGGCCAAGUCGGGCGGGGCCGGCCCCUCACCUCCGAGAUUAUCAUGCAGGCUUUGAAUUCAAAUAAUUUAUGACCUUCACAUUGUGAUUAGUUCUGGGGGAAGUUGUUCCUCCUGAUAUUUCUUGAUUUAUUUUAUAUACAAACAAUGGUGUCCAACUCUGGUCCUAUUUUUCGUUAUUGCAGUCACAAUUGUUUUAAGUCAAAUGGAAAUGCUUGCAACAUCACAUACAGACCACAUGAAGCAGGGAGUCUCACAUCUUGUUAGUUCCUUCCUCCUUGACUUGUCAUGACUUAUCCUGUGAGCAAGUGAAGCCAGUCGCUUUGUGUGUACAUAAUGAGUAAAUGAUAAGACAAAAGUUUUGUACUCGGCAGACAACAGUUGCCUGUGUGCUAACCAAGCUUAUGAUUUAGGCCUGUCGGUGGCCUCAGCCUCGUUUAAAUUGAGUAGGCAGGAACUAAGCAGACAACAGGGUCUCAUUUGUUUGUGUGUUCAGUUUUCUCUUAAUUGUGCUGACAUAUAAAAACCACUGAUUGGGCAAAGCAUAUAUAAUGUUUUCAAACAGAUUCUUUAUAAUACUAAUGACUCUGACAAUAUCCUGUACUAUCUCUCUCUCUCUCUCUCUCUCUCUCUCUCUCUCUCUCUCUCUCUCUCAUGUUCACCACUAGGCACUGAAGUGUUUUCAGUCCAUGAGAGCAAGAGUUAUCAAACUAUGUAGGAUGAAAAUGUAUAAUAUAAGAUAUAUUAUACAUUGCUUUUUGUUCUCUGAGCCACUCAUUAACCUGUUGAAUGGAAUCAUAUUUAAAUUUUGAAUUGAUCAUAGUCUUGUGUUCAAAGCAUUUUCCCAUUAAUUACCAACAAAUUCUAACAUUUAAUUGUAGGAAGGUAUGGUUUAUGUAUGAGGUUAAUUGUUUUUUUCCACCUGUCAGUUUCUUAUAAAUAAUGCUCAGAGGUGAAAAGGAAUUUUUUAAACCUAAAAAUUAGCCUGCCAUCCACUCACUAGAAAUCUUUUAUUUUAUUCAUCCUCACCCUGGCUGCCUAGUGAAACAUACAUUACAGGUGAUUCAACUAUUUCCCAAUCUCCUUUUGACAUCAAAAUAUCAUUGUCAUCUGUUUCAUCUUUUUAAAAAAAUAUUUUUUUUUAAAAGAUAUGCAAGGUUUUAUAGAGUAAGCUCCUGUCACUGAAGGCUGCACUACAUGGCUUCUCUCAUGUGGAAUGUGUUUUUUUUAAUCUCUUGUUUUUAACCUUUGUGACCCUUAGUAAGCCAUUGGCAUGUUUUAUCUACUUGAUUCAAAGUGAACAUUAGCCACUCUGCAAUCAUGUCAUAUGAACAGGUGUUUUUUUUCACUUUUGAACUUUGACCUGGUGAGUGGUGAAUGUGUAUGAUGAUUGUUUGCUCACUGAGAUGCAUCAGAAGCCCAGUUGAUGGAAUGCAUAGAUGGGAGUCAUUGAACUCACAUUAAGAGGGAUUGUUUAUAUCGUAUACAUGUCUUAACAGGGUCUAAAGAUUGGAGACUUUGUCUAUCUAUACGUAUAGUUAUAGUGAACAUUUUUUUUUUUUUUGAAGCAAGAAGUUAUUUGCUUCUGUGUAGAAACUAAACUUUCUUCCAUAAGCCAAAAGAAAAUUUGUGAGAUUUGAAAACAAAAACAUUUGUUUACAUCAAAAGGAAAAUGGAAUUAAUUUAAUUUUUUUAGAUAAAAAUAUCCUUUAAAAGAGUCGUACUUUACACAAAUUUAUUCUGUAAAAAUGACUUACUUUUUUACUUUUUUUUUUUUUUGCAUUGCGCUAAUGAUUUCAAUUAAAA